UGCUUCAUCAUUCCUUCUGCUCUAGGCCUGGUCUCCAAGUCCUCUCCUAAAAAGCCCCGUGGACGUAACAUCUUCAAGGCCCUUUUCUGCUGUUUUCGCGCCCAGCAUGUUGGCCAGUCAAGCUCGUGCACUGAGCUCUCCGCAUACAAGGAGGAAGCCAACACCAUUGCUAAGUCUGACCUGCUCCAGUGUCUCCAGUACCAGUUUUAUCAGAUCCCAGGGACCUGCCUGCUCCCAGAGGUGACAGAGGAAGAUCAAGGAAGGAUCUGUGUGGUCAUUGACUUGGAUGAAACCCUUGUGCAUAGCUCUUUUAAGCCAAUCAACAACGCUGACUUCAUAGUGCCUGUGGAGAUUGAGGGGACCACGCACCAGGUGUAUGUGCUCAAGAGGCCUUAUGUGGAUGAGUUCCUGAGACGGAUGGGGGAGCUCUUUGAAUGUGUUCUUUUCACUGCCAGCCUGGCCAAGUAUGCCGACCCUGUGACGGAUCUGCUGGACAGGUGUGGGGUGUUCCGGGCCCGCCUAUUCCGUGAGUCCUGUGUGUUCCACCAGGGCUGCUAUGUCAAGGACCUCAGCCGCCUGGGAAGGGACCUGAGGAAAACCCUUAUUUUGGACAACUCGCCUGCUUCUUACAUCUUCCAUCCAGAGAAUGCAGUGCCCGUACAGUCUUGGUUUGAUGACAUGGCAGACACCGAGGCCUUGGAGGCACUCCUGCUUUUCCUGGGCUGA